UUUUGGCAGUUUGUUGCGUCCUCGGCAUGAGAAUUUUACAAAAGAAAUGUCGUUAUCGACAGUAAAAAAGAAAAAGCGUGGUGCACAUUGUUUCAUUUGUGGAUCAACUGAAGAUGAUGAAAACCAUAGAUUUGGAACUUUUGAAGUUAACACGAAGAGGCUUUCAGAGUGGGAAAAAUUGAUUCCUAAACCUGGAUUGAAGGUUCGCUCAGCUAUCUGUGGUCGGCAUUUUGAUGCCUAUGACAUUAUUAAAGGGAAAGAAAUUGGAGGAAUUUUCCAGCCGUUCAAGCAUUGGAAACUCAAAGACCACUCUACACCAAAGCACUUUCUAUGUGAACCUGUUGAUCCUCUUGCUGAAUCUCGCAAUUGUUCCCAAGCUAAGAAAGGUGGGCCCAAGAUACGUAACCCAUUUGCUGAUUGCAACAAUGAAAAUCGUAAAGCUCUUGCUUCCAAAUCUUUUAGUAUUGGUGGGACCUCUAAACGGAUUCCAUUAUCUGAUUGUAGCACUGAUGGAAAUCGACAGCCUCUCAUUUCCAAAGCUUCAAACAAUGGUACACUCAUCAAUUUAGCUAGUCCCCGAGAACACUUUGAGAUGAUUGAUAGCAUUAAUCCAAUGGACCCAAAUGUGACUGUUGUCAAUAAUUUGUCGGGGGCAGCUCAAGGUGAGGGCAGUGUCACACUUCAUGACCCUGGAGCCAACGACGUUCCGGCCCUCUCUGAAAGGCUAGCUUCGACUGAAUCUGAAGCAACAGAAGCUGGUUUUUCUACUAUGGAUCAUGAGCCCAGUGACCAAGACGAGGGUAAUCCUGCAGUACGUGACCAUGGAGCCAACGAUCUUCCGACCCUCUCUGAAACGCUAGCUCCAACUGAAUCUGAAGCAACAGAUGCUUGUUUUUCUUCAACGGAUAAUGAGCCAAGCGACCAAGACGAGGGCAAUCCUGCAGUACGUAACCAUGGAACCAACGAUCAUCGGGCCCCCUCUGAAAGGUUAGCUUCGACUGAAUCUGAAGCAACAGAAGCUGGUUUUUCUUCAAUGGAUCAUGAGCCAACACUUAAUUCUGGUGUAAGAGUUGGCCUAUGA